AUGUCGUCGUCGCGGUCCAACAACCGGCCGGCGUGCUCGCGGGGGAGCUCGGCGCGCUCCAAGCACAGCGAGCGGGUGGUGGCGCAGACGCCCGUGGACGCGCGCCUGCACGCCGAGUUCGAGGGCUCGCAGCGCCACUUCGACUAUUCCUCCUCGGUCAGCGCGCUCAACCGCUCCGGGGCCAGCACCAGCUCCGCCGUCUCCGCCUACCUCCAGAACAUGCAGCGGGGCCGCUACAUCCAGCCCUUCGGCUGCCUGCUCGCGAUCCACCCGGAGUCCUUCGCGCUGCUCGCCUACAGCGAGAACGCCGCCGAGAUACUCGACCUCACGCCGCACGCCGUGCCCACCAUCGACCAGCGCGACGCGCUCGCCGUCGGCGCCGACGUGCGCACGCUCUUUCGCUCCCAGAGCGCCGUCGCCCUGCACAAGGCCGCCGUCUUCGGGGAGGUCAACCUGCUCAACCCAAUCCUCGUCCACGCCAGGACCUCCGGGAAGCCCUUCUACGCCAUCUUGCACCGCAUCGACGUCGGCCUCGUCAUCGACCUCGAACCGGUCAACCCCGCCGACGUGCCCGUCACCGCCGCCGGCGCGCUCAAGUCGUACAAGCUCGCCGCCAAGGCCAUCUCCAGGCUGCAGUCCCUGCCCAGUGGCAACCUCUCCCUGCUCUGCGAUGUGCUGGUCUGGGAGGUAAGCGAGCUCACUGGCUAUGACAGGGUGAUGGCAUACAAGUUCCAUGAGGACGAGCAUGGUGAGGUCAUUGCCGAGUGCAGGAGGUCUGAUUUGGAGCCGUAUCUUGGCCUGCACUACCCGGCAACUGACAUCCCACAAGCAUCCAGGUUUCUGUUUAUGAAGAACAAAGUGCGGAUGAUAUGUGAUUGUGCUGCAAGUCCUGUGAAGCUCAUUCAGGAUGACAACCUGUCACAGCCUAUCAGCCUCUGUGGCUCGACCAUGAGAGCACCCCAUGGUUGCCAUGCCCAGUACAUGGCCAACAUGGGCUCCAUCGCGUCGCUGGUGAUGUCGAUCACUAUAAACGAGGACGACGAUGAGGAUGGAGACACUGGGAGUGACCAGCAGCCGAAAGGCAGGAAGCUGUGGGGGCUGGUGGUUUGCCAUCACACGAGCCCGAGGUUCGUCCCCUUCCCUCUCAGGUAUGCUUGCGAAUUUCUCUUGCAAGUGUUCGGCAUACAGCUCAACAAGGAGGUGGAACUUGCUUCUCAGGCAAAGGAGAGGCACAUCCUCCGCACGCAGACGCUUCUGUGUGAUAUGCUCCUCAGGGAUGCUCCUGUUGGGAUAUUUACCCAGUCUCCCAAUGUAAUGGAUCUGGUGAAGUGCGAUGGUGCAGCAUUGUGUUACCAAAACCAGAUUAUGGUGCUGGGAUCAACACCCUCUGAAGGAGAGAUAAAGAAGAUUGUCGCGUGGCUGCUGGAGUGCCAUGAUGGCUCUACUGGGCUAAGUACGGACAGCUUAUUGGAAGCAGGAUAUCCUGGUGCGUCUGCGCUCGGUGAGGUUGUCUGUGGCAUGGCAGCUAUAAAGAUCUCUUCCAAAGGAUUUAUCUUCUGGUUCCGGUCGCACACAGCAAAGGAGAUCAAGUGGGGUGGAGCUAAGCAUGAACCAGGUGAUGCAGAUGACAAUGGCAGGAGGAUGCAUCCACGUUCUUCGUUCAGGGCCUUCUUGGAGGUAGUUAAAUGGAGGAGUGUUCCUUGGGAGGAUGUUGAAAUGGACGCAAUCCAUUCUCUCCAGCUAAUAUUGCGUGGCUCCCUGCAAGAUGAAGAUGCUAACGACAACAAUGCAAGGUCAAUUGUUGAAGCUCCAUCUGAUGACAUCAAGAAGAUACAGGGGCUACUUGAACUGAAAAUUGUGACAAAUGAGAUGGUGCGCCUAAUUGAGACAGCAACUGCUCCUAUAUUGGCUGUCGACAUCGUUGGUAACAUAAACGGAUGGAAUAAUAAAGUUGCAGAAAUUACUGGAUUACCCACCACGGAAGCCAUAGGGAUGCUUCUGGUAGAUCUCGUGGAGGGUGAUUCUGUUGAAGUGGUUAAGCAAAUGUUGAACUCAGCUCUGCAAGGAACCGAAGAGCAGAAUUUGGAAAUCAAGCUUAAAACAAUGCAUCAACAGGAAAGUAAGGGCCCUGUAGUCUUGAUGGUUAACGCCUGUUGUAGUCGUGACCUUUCAGACAAAGUUGUUGGGGUAUGUUUCGUAGCACAAGAUUUGACAGGGCACAAGAUGGUUAUGGAUAAGUAUACCCGGAUACAGGGUGACUAUGUUGCAAUAGUAAAGAACCCCAAUGAGCUCAUACCCCCUAUAUUUAUGAUCAAUGAUCUUGGUUCUUGCUUAGAAUGGAAUGAAGCUAUGCAAAAGAUUACUGGUAUAAAGAGGGAAGAUGCAAUAGAUAAGUUGCUAAUCGGGGAGCUUUUCACUCUUCAUGAUUAUGGAUGCAGGGUAAAAGAUCAAGUUACUCUAACCAAACUUAGCAUACUGAUGAACACGGUGAUCUCUGGUCAAGAACCCGAGAAGCUUGCUUUUGGUUUCUUCAACACAGAUGGCAAGUACAUGGAAUCACUGCUGACAGCAAACAAGAGGACAGAUGCUGAGGGUAAGAUCACCGGCGCUCUUUGCUUUUUGCAUGUGGCCAGCCCCGAGCUUCAGCAUGCUCUUCAGGUGCAGAAAAUGUCUGAACAAGCUGCUACACACAGCUUUAAGGAAUUGACAUAUAUUCGUCAAGAAUUAAAGAACCCACUCAAUGGCAUGCAAUUUACCCGUAAGUUGUUGGAACCGUCUGACUUGACAGAGGAGCAGAGGCAACUUUUUGCAUCAAAUGUUCUCUGCCAAGAACAGUUGAAAAAGAUUUUACAUGACAAUGAUCUAGAAGGCAUUGAACAGUGCUACAUGGAGAUGAACACGGUGGAAUUCAACCUUGAAGAAGCUCUGAAUACGGUCCUAAUGCAAGGCAUGUCUGUGAGCAAGGAAAAACAAAUUUCUCUUGAUCGUGAUUGGCCUGUAGAAGUAUCAUCAAUGUACUUAUAUGGGGAUAACUUAAGGCUUCAGCAAGUCCUAGCAGACUACUUGGCAUGCACGCUUCAAUUUACUCGGCCAGCUGAAGGGCCUAUUGUACUCCAGGUCAUUCCCAAGAAGGAACACAUUGGUUCUGGCAUGCAGAUUGCUCAUCUAGAAUUCAGCAUAAAUAUUUUUGGGAUGGCGACUGUGCAAGUCCGGAGCCAUCCGGGUCAGAUAAAAAUUAUAGUGGUCAGCUUACUUGUCCACCCAGCACCAGGCGUCCCGGAGGCACUGAUACAGGAGAUGUUCCGCCACGGCCCAGGGGUAUCCCGAGAAGGCCUCGGCCUGCACAUAAGCCAGAAGCUGGUGAAGACGAUGAGCGGCACGGUACAGUACCUCCGAGAAGCGGAGAGCUCGUCGUUCAUCGUUCUGGUAGAGUUCCCGGUGGCGCAGCUCAAUAGCAAGAGGUCCAGGCCUUCGACGAGCAAGAGUAACUUCUGA